GCCUGUUCUGUCACGAGCUCCGUCCGGGUACACCGACCGAACGAAAGGUCUCGUUCAUUAUUGACGACUUUAUACAGCCUAUAUUUACCUUUUUUCGAGAAAGGAGAUCAGUUAGGCUCGUCAACAAGCUGGAUUUCUCGUUGUCCUAUCGCGAUCAUUUGGGUGAUGUAUUCUAACAUUUAAUAGAGCUAGCCAACUCGCUAGCUAUUUGGCUAGCUUGUCGUGCGUGACUCAAAGUCAGAGAGGUAUCAAUUGUUAUAUUAACAACAUCGACAUUUAGGUCCUUAAAUUAACCACAAAUUAACAACGACACUUUGACUUGUUUUUUCUUUUAAUUAGUCAUUGCCGCAACUGAGGCGUAUGCCUUGCACAGUCCCUUUGAAGUGUGUUCACGGUUUUUGAAUGAAUUAGCCAGGGGAAACGCCAAUCGUUCUGACUACCGAGCUUUACUCUCACCCGCAGCAUUAACAAUUUUAGUCAUAAUACACUCGUUUGAUACAUUGUUUUUUCAUUUAAAAGUAAUUCGUUUCUAAGUUAGUGUGUUAAGUUAGCUAGUGUGCGAGUCCGUUGUAGUUACCCCGCUUGCUCUGUGUGUUUGAAUUCCCUGCACCUCCGAGCAUCUGAAAGUAAUUUGUUUCGUGUUGAGGCCGGCUUGAAGAAACACCCCUGCAAACAUGCCGGCUGUGUCGAAGGGAGACGGAAUGCGAGGAUUAGCGGUGUUCAUUUCGGACAUCAGAAAUUGUAAAAGUAAGGAAGCUGAGAUUAAACGCAUAAAUAAAGAGUUAGCCAACAUCCGCUCCAAGUUUAAAGGGGACAAAGCUUUGGAUGGCUACAGCAAGAAGAAAUAUGUGUGCAAGCUGCUCUUCAUCUUCCUUCUGGGCCAUGAUAUUGACUUUGGCCACAUGGAGGCUGUCAACCUGCUCAGUUCCAACAAGUAUACCGAGAAACAAAUUGGUUAUCUGUUUAUCUCUGUGCUGGUGAACAGCAACAGUGAACUGAUCAGGCUGAUUAACAAUGCCAUCAAGAACGACCUGUCCAGCAGAAACCCCACCUUCAUGUGUCUGGCACUGCACUGCAUCGCUAAUGUGGGCAGCAGAGAGAUGGCUGAAGCCUUCGCUGGAGAGAUUCCACGAAUCCUUGUGGCUGGGGACACGAUGGACAGUGUGAAGCAGUCUGCUGCUCUGUGUCUGCUCCGCCUGUAUAAGACCUCCCCAGAUCUGGUGCUCAUGGGUGAAUGGACCUCAAGAGUGGUCCAUCUGCUCAACGACCAGCAUAUGGGUGUGGUUACUGCUGCAAUCUCCCUGAUCACCUGUCUCAGCCAGAAGAACCCAGAUGAGUUCAAGACCUGUGUGUCACUUGCUGUGUCUCGUCUCAGCAGGAUUGUGUCCUCAGCCUCUACUGACUUGCAGGACUACACUUAUUACUUCGUUCCAGCUCCUUGGCUUUCUUGCAAGCUGCUGCGACUGCUGCAGUGCUACCCACCACCUGAGGAUGGCGCUGUGAAGGGACGGCUGGUGGAGUGUCUGGAGACCAUCCUCAACAAAGCCCAAGAGCCACCCAAGUCCAAGAAGGUUCAGCACUCCAAUGCCAAGAAUGCCAUCCUGUUUGAAGCCAUUUCACUCAUUAUUCACUAUGACAGUGAGCCGAAUCUUCUUGUCCGUGCGUGCAAUCAGCUGGGGCAGUUCUUACAGCACAGAGAGACUAACCUGCGCUACCUGGCCCUGGAAAGCAUGUGCACCCUUGCCAGCUCAGAGUUUUCCCAUGAGGCUGUCAAAACACACAUAGAGACCGUCAUCAAUGCCCUGAAGACUGAGAGGGAUGUCAGUGUGCGCCAGAGAGCUGCAGACCUACUCUAUGCCAUGUGCGACCGCAGCAACGCCAAGCAGAUUGUCGCCGAGAUGUUGAGUUACCUGGAGACAGCUGACUACUCCAUCAGAGAGGAGAUGGUGUUGAAGGUGGCCAUCCUGGCAGAGAAAUACGCAGUAGACUACUCCUGGUAUGUGGACACCAUUCUGAACCUCAUCCGCAUUGCUGGGGAUUACGUCAGUGAAGAAGUGUGGUAUCGUGUAAUCCAGAUUGUCAUCAAUCGUGAUGAUGUACAGGGAUAUGCAGCCAAGACAGUCUUUGAAGCUUUGCAGGCUCCAGCAUGUCAUGAGAAUAUGGUAAAAGUUGGAGGUUACAUCUUGGGAGAGUUCGGUAACCUUAUUGCCGGAGAUCCUCGUUCCAGUCCUCUGGUUCAGUUUAACCUUCUCCACUCUAAGUUUCACCUGUGUUCAGUUCCCACUCGUGCCCUGCUGCUUUCUGCCUAUAUUAAAUUCAUUAAUCUGUUCCCGGAGACAAAAAGCACCAUUCAGGAAGUGCUACGCUCUGACAGCCAGAUCAGGAACAGCGAUGUAGAGCUUCAGCAGAGAGCUGUUGAGUAUCUCAAACUUUCCUCCAUCGCCAGCACUGACGUAUUGGCCACAGUGCUGGAGGAGAUGCCGCCAUUCCCAGAGAGAGAAUCAUCCAUCCUGGCCAAGCUGAAAAAGAAGAAAGGACCAGGAGCUGUGUCUGUGAAUGAACUAGAAGAGGGAAAAAGAGAGGGAGGAGAACUCAACGGAGGGGGAGAGAGAGGAGGAGACAGCUCUGUCCUGGCUGGAUCUAAUGCUUCAACUCCAUCUCCGUCUGCUGACCUUCUGGGGCUCCGCACAGCUCCUACGGUUGCCACCGGUGCUCCCAGUGCAGGCAGCUUAUUGGUUGAUGUUUUCUCAGAGGCAGGCAUCAAUGAUGAUGGCUUCCUAAGAGAUCUGGAACCUCCCACUGAAUGCUCUGACUCCCUAUUGGCUGAGGGUCCUGGUGACUCUGACUCUGCUCCCCCUUCUGCGGUCACUGAAGAUCCUGCUCCUCUGCCCGAGUCAAACGAACUGCUCAACAAGUUUGUUUGUAAGAACAAUGGAGUUCUGUUUGAGAAUCAACUGCUACAGAUAGGCAUAAAGUCUGAAUAUCGCCAGAACCUGGGGCGAAUGUAUCUGUUCUAUGGCAAUAAGACAUCAGUGCAGUUUGUAACCUUCACCACCACAGUGACCUGUCCAGGAGAGCUACAGUCUCAGCUAAAUGUUCAGACUAAACCAGUGGAGCCUCUCAUAGAAGGAGGUGCUCAGGUGCAGCAGGUCAUCAACAUCGAGUGUCUGACUGACUUUAGUGAUGCACCACUCCUCAACAUCAAGUUCAGGUAUGGUGGAGCUCUCCAGAACCUCACACUCAAGCUGCCUGUUACCAUAAAUAAAUUCUUCCAGCCCACAGAGAUGGCAUCACACGACUUCUUUCAGCGCUGGAAACAGCUUAGCCAGCCACAGCAAGAAGCGCAGAAGAUCUUCAAGUCCAACCUUGCUAUGGACCCAGAAAUACUCAAAGCUAAGUUGCUGGGAUUGGGCAUGGCUCUCCUGGAGAAUGUGGAUCCGAACCCAGAGAACUUUGUGUGUGCCGGAGUGAUCCAAACCAAGGCCCAGCAAGUUGGAUCUCUGCUAAGACUCGAGCCCAAUACACAGGCUCAGAUGUACCGGUUGACUCUGCGCAGCAGUAAGGACACUGUCUCCAACCGUCUUUGCGAGCUGCUGGCAGAACAGUUCUAGACAGUGAGCCGAGACCAGCACUAUCUAGAACCGACACCAAGACCAGACCAGCGUUCCACCUGAAAGACCCCAGAAUAAAAAUUCUACAAAAACAUUCAUGCAUAAGGGAAAAAGUAGCUGUCAGCCGCUGGCAGCCAUAUUACUGUCCUUCUGAUAAUGAUUAUUAUUACUGUUAUCAUCAGCGCUGCCCUUCUUGUUUUUAUUGGUGUUUAACUGUGUGUGAGCAAUAGAGUGAAAGGAUGUGCGUGCGUGUUUUUUCGUACAAGUGUGAAAGAGUCAUGGUGAUAGUUUUGUUCUCUGUCCUGCCUGUUAAACGAUAAACUCCUGUGCUUGUGUUGACAGCUGGUUUGUGUUAUGGGUUGGGGGAUAGAAAGAAAAGUAAAGAAAAAGAUGGAAGUGGAGGAAGUCUUCCUUCUCUGCUGUUUUAUCCAUUAAGUUUCAACCUUUAGCUACUCCCAACACUUGUUAGACUGCACAUUAGCUGUUUCUUUGGAACAUUCCCUAUUAGCCAGUUAAGUGGACUGGGCAAGUCCGUUAGCAGGACAGAAAAAUACAAUCUCAAUACACUAAAGUAAUGACACUUCUUUUAAAGAGGCCAGAAUCACUAACCCCCCCAUCCCUUUGUCUCUCGUUUUCCUCCACUAAAAUCUGUCUGAUCCAGAGCCAUUGGUGUACAUAGCAAAAUAAAAAUAUAUUUCACCAGUACCCUACAAGCAUUUCCAAUUUAUGCCACCAUGGUCCUUCUGACGUAGAAAUGGCCAGUGCACUUUAAGAGGCUUUGCGAGGAAAGGCUUUUAUAAUCCUAACCCCUUUUCCUGUUCUUGUCCUAUGUAUUCAGUACUUGUCCUAACCCCGUACCUGACACAAUGUUUAUUGAAAAACAAAUCUCUAUAUAUAAAAAAUAUAUAUAUAUAUAUAUAUAUAUAUAUAUAUAUACAUACAUAUAUAUAUAUAUAUAUAUAAAACCAUGUAAAUGAUAACCUUCAUGGUUGCAUUUGUAUGUCUCUUUGUUGUUUUUGAUAGUGGUAUAUUGUCUGUGUUUGUAUGCUUUCUUAAAUGGUCUAAUGUUUUUGCUCUUCUUUUGGACAUUCCAUUCUGUACUAUGAGUGAAUUGGGCAUAAUGUUCCAGGAUAGUUGUACGGUGUUAAACAAGGUGGUAGGAAAUUCUAAAAUGAGGAAGUUAAGCAGAGAUAAGGUCAGGUCCAUCAGUGUGUGCGUCUGCACGUGAAGAGUGCAACAGCAAUGGAUCUUCAUUUACAUGUCUCUUUUUUUUUGAUAAAUUUAAAGAAAAAUACAUCUGGAUGACUUUUGACCUCAUCUGUCCAUCCUCCAGUACAGUUAUUGACUGAAAUUCCUUACAUGUCACACAAUUUACUUUGAUCUGUUGAGUGGUGACUGGCCACCCCUGAUGACCCAUAUUUGCUUUUGUUUUUUUUUGCACAGCGAUAAAAACUGGAAAAGCACUUGGUUUGUGAAAAGUUGUGCAAGAUUUGUCACAUGCACACAGUUGUACACACAAAUACCCAUGCAUUCUUAGGCUUAGAGAACGAGGGCUGCGGCACUGGACCAAAGCAUCUGCCAACUGUCAAUCACAUACAGGGAUCAUAACGAUUUUGGUCAGCAUUGUGUGGCGAGUGAAUGUGCGUUGUAUUCUGUGUGCUGAUCCAUGUAAAAAAAAAAAAAAAAAUUAUGGAACAUUGUCAUAUUAGUUCAAAAGGGGUCAUGCUUCCCUCAAUGCAGAGAUGCCGUACUGAGGACAUUGUCAUUGUAGUUGAUUAUAAAGUCACAGUCAUGGCGUGUGUGUGUGUCUAUGCAGUAUCAGCAAGCUAAUGCAGCCCCAGUGUAUCGCUGUUCAACCUGUCAGAUACCUGUGUUAGAUUCAAUUUACUCUGUACUGAAUAAUGUGAAAGUAAAAUUAUGCCAUAUGCUCGAA